AUGUCUCUAUCUUCUCGACUGGGGCGUCUGGCCUUGUGCCUGGCGCUUCUCGUGGCUCUCGUCCAUGCUCACAAGGCUGCCGAUAAAACGCUCCUGGAUAGCGUGAGCCUCGAUGGCCUCGACGAGCAACUCCAGACCUGCCCCAUCGUCCAGGAGCUCAAUGCCGCCAAACACGCCAAACACUCGGCGGCCCCGUCCUCCCUGACCACGCGCCUCUUCGCCGUCCUCUUCCCCGGCUCCCCCGCCGUCAACGCCCUCCUCGCGACCCUGUACAUCUCCGGCCCGCCCAACUUCUUGCUCGCGCUCUGCCCGACCGACAUCGACCCCUCGUCCCUCUCCGUCAUGGUGGCCUUUGCCGUCGGCGGCCUGCUGGGCGACACCCUCUUCCACCUGCUCCCCGAGAUCUUCCUCGGCGAGGACGAGCCCGAGCGCGUCCGCCUGGUGCUCGUCGAGCCCAACCGCAACCUGCUCCUAGGUCUGGGCAUCCUGGUCGGGUUCAUGGUCUUCGUCGCCAUGGACAAGGGGCUCCGGAUCGCGACCGGCGGCGCGGGGCACGACCACUCGCACGGGCAUGAGCACGGGCACGCGGAGAUCAAGAGCGAGGGGCACGCUACGGGAGCUGAUGCUUCUAACGGAGGGGUUGUGUCGAGGAAGAAGAAGGGCAAGGGCUCCAAGGAGGAGGACGCCGUUGCCGAGAAGAAGGAGGUUAAUCCCAGCGUGAAGCUCGGUGGUUACUUGAAUCUGAUUGCCGAUUUCACCCACAACAUCACCGACGGUCUGGCCAUGUCUGCUAGUUUCUACGCCUCGCCCACCAUCGGCGCCACGACCACCGUUGCCGUCUUCUUCCACGAGAUCCCCCACGAGGUCGGCGACUUUGCCCUCCUCGUGCAGUCUGGCUUCUCCAAGCGGGCGGCCAUGGGAUCCCAGUUCAUCACUGCAAUCGGAGCUCUGCUGGGUACUCUAAUCGGCAUUGCUGUGCAGGAGUUUGGUGGUAGCGGAGCGAGCGCGGGCGACGACCCCAUGGCCAGGACUGCUGGACUCUGGGGCACCAGCUUGACCUGGGGAGAUAUGCUUCUCCCAUUCACCGCAGGCACCUUCCUCUACGUCGGCACCGUGGCCGUGAUCCCGGAGCUGUUGGAGACGGGCAAGAACAAGGGCGAGGAGCUCAAGAAGACCCUCGUCCAGUUCACGGCCGUGGCCGUUGGGGCCGGCAUUAUGCUCUACAUCUCCUGGCAUGAAUAG